CGUUUGACAGUUAACGUUUGACAGGUUGCCAAAAAAAAACUUUUCUCGCCCGCAGACGUGCGCCCUCCGAAAGCAAGCCCCCGCCAGCAAAACCACCAGCAAUGGCAUCCGCAGUGUCCAAAACUCCGAUGCUUCGUGCCGCAGCGGCUCGUGGAUUUGCCGCCCAGGCAAAGGCCGCUAGCGCCGGAUGUGGUUCCGGCGAGCCCCAGUGCUCCAACCUGCCGAACAAGCUGGCCGUUGCUUCCGCUGAACCGAACGCUGCCGUCGCCCGGGUGUCCAUUGUUUAUCGCGCCGGAUCCCGUAACGAGUCCGGUGACAACCUGGGAGCUUCCCAUGUUCUGCGUGCCGCUUCCGGUCUAUCCACCAAGACGGCGACGUCGUUCGGUAUCGUGCGCAAUCUGCAGCAGGUCGGUGGAUCGUUGACCACCACGGCGGACCGUGAGACCGUCACGUACACCGUGGCCGUCACCAAGGAUCAUCUGGAGACGGGUCUGAAGUAUUUGGAAGCUGCCGCCACCGGCCAGGUUUUCAAGCCGUGGGAGUUGGCCGAUUUGACGGCUCUGAUCAAGACCGACUUGUCGCGCGUUCCUCUGGAGGUUCGUGCCGUUGAGUCGCUGCACAAGGCCGCGUACCACUCUGGACUGGGCAACUCGGUGUUCUGCCCCAAGUACCAGGUCGGCAAGCACUCGUCCGAGACCAUGCAGCAUUACUUCGAGGCUAACUGCAGUGCCAGCCGUGCGGCCGUUGCUGCCGUUGGCGUUGACCAUCAGCUGCUGGUUGGUUUUGCCCAGAGCCUGAACCUGGGCUCCGGAAAGGGUUCGGACAACAAGUCCUCGUUUAACAGCAGCGAAGUCCGACACGAACGCGGAGGAAACCGUGCUGCUGUGGCCGUUGCCACCCAGGCUGCUGGCUGGGACAACCUGAAGGAUUGCAUGGCCUAUAUCGUUUUGCAACAUGCCGCUGGAACUGGACCGGUCACGAAGCGAGGCGGUAACAACGGUGCCCUCACCAAGCAGCUGUCCGGAGUCAACAGCAGCACCCUCUGCUCGACCUACUCCGACAACGGUCUGUUUGGAUUCGUUGUGGCCGGUGACGCUAAGGCAGUUGGCAAGGCCGUCGAAGCCGGAGUUAAGGGACUCAAGUCGUUGAACGUGAGCGACGAAGAUGUGGCCCGUGGUAAGGCCGCUACCCUUGGCUGGGUUGUGGACUACGUUGAAAAUCACUCAACGCUGGCAUUUGACCUCGGUGAGCAGGCCGCUUUGCUUGGACAGGUCUACAAGAAGGCCGAUAUGGUUGCUGCCAUCAACGGAGUCAGCACCAGCGAUGUCCAGUCGGUCGCCAGGAAGUUGGCCUCGGCUAAGCUGGCCGUCGGUGCCGUUGGUAACCUGAACAGCGUGCCGUACCUGUGCAACCUGAACUAAGGGGCGUUCGCGCGCGUGCUUGUGAAGGCAAAGUUUAGCUUAUUAUUGGAAAUCCUUCCCCCUCCCUUUUCGAUCCUUAUAACAAACGAUAUCUAGAAGCCGUUGUAUGACUACCGCUGUUCUACGCGCUUAGGCGCACACAUGUAAAGGGAUUGUACGAAAAAUAAAAUAUCCACGGUAACCCUAA